UCUAUAAUACAGCCUUGGCUAACAGUGUGGCCAGAGCUAUUGGGUCUAUUAGAAUAAUUCUAUAACCGUGGUAAUUCAUACCCGAAUCCUCCUUUGUGCAAGUGGGCUAAACAUGAAGUCAUAGCCAGAGUGAUUGUGAGUAUCCUGCACCGGACCCAGCUGUCAUUCGACAUAGCCUGUGCAUACGAAUGCACGUAUCUUACGCACAGACCAGCCCCCCUUUUCACUAGCGGCACGGCACCUCGGCUGGAGACACUGACAGCGGCUUUUCCUGCUCUAGCAAAAUCAACAUAAGCUUGCUUCGGAGAGGAGCGGAGUGGAGGAGUGAGCCCUACGCCACACGGCGAACAGGCACAAAACACAGGGACCAUAGAAAAGAGGCUGACCAUGGCAGCUGUGCAGCCCAGAGGUAGGCUGAGUCCGGCGGACACCCGGCCAGCCAGAGGGCCAGAGGACGACGAGGGGCUGAUCUACAUGCAGUGUUGCGGCCAGGAGGACGUGGAGCUGAGAGACAGCCAAAGGGGGGCGUCCGUUUACCUUCCCGCCGGCAGCUCAGAGGGGGCGUGGCCCUCAGCCGCACCUCUCACUUGCGCAGGGUCUUCCAACAGUUUCCGAAGUCCAGAAUCAGUGGAGAUGGAUGAGAUCAUGGCUGCAAUGGUGCUCACAAGCCUGUCCUGCAGUCCUAGGGUGCACAGUCCACCUCAGAAGGACCUCCUUCCAGCAUCCUCAUCGUCAGGUGACAUGGAGUGUGGAGGUGGAGAACUCUCGGACAGCGGCAGCAGCGGCUACUGGAGUUGGGACCACGGCAGCGCAAGCCCCGCCCCUUCCCCGUCCGUCACAGAAAUGGAUGGCAGCUUGGGUCAGCCCCCUGAUGAAGGGCUUCACAUGGAGCUGGACUAUGAAGCCAGGAGGUAUAAGGGAUCAGGAAAGGGGGCCUACAGGUGUCUGUGGCCUAGCUGUGGGAAGGUGCUGAACUCCAGAGUGGGCAUGAAAAGACACAUCCAGCUGCACCAUCUGGGAGGGGGGUCAGAACAUUCCCAGCGGGAGGAGGACUUUUACUACGCAGAAAUCUCCUCGGAGGAAGAGCCUGCUCCUCCAUCUCCAGCCCCCACCUUGUCCAUUGGCCCCUGGGCCUCCUGUAGCUCUCCGUUGGGUGCCAGCACACCAGGGACCCUGGCUUCAGCCUCGGCCUUCUCCACUCCUCUCAGCCAGUCAGCGCCCAGUAGUGUGUGGCAGAUUCAUACUGAGCAUCUCUACCAGGCCUGUGCUGCGCCCAUCCAGGUGACGGUGUCCUCUGGGUCUUCCACCUCGUGCUGCUGGAAUCCCCCGAGCGAAGCACAGCACAAACCCCAGGUGUUGGCAUCUCGUAGUCGAUCAGUGAGCGUGGGAGAGCAGUGGCUGCAGCGAAACAGCGCCCCCACCAGGUCACAGACCAUCAGCGCCUCCCCCUCACGUAACCACUGCACUUUCAGGAAGGGGAGAGGCGAGGCCAAGAAGUGCCGUAAGGUGUACGGAGUUGAGCGACGCGACCAGUGGUGCACGGCCUGCCGCUGGAAGAAAGCCUGCCAGCGCUUCCCUGAUUAAAGGACUCAAACAGACUAAAGAGACACUCUCAGAGAGAGAGAGAGUGAAAGAGAGAGAGAAUGAGAGAGAGAAUGAGCGAGAGAGAGGAAGAGAGACUCACAAAGCAUUAUAGCACUAUAGAGGACACAGGAUCAGCCUCCUUCCACUUUUGUACUUGUCCUUUUUUUUGUGGUGGUGUUGUUUUUUUCCUACGAGAGCUAUAAGAUGUUUUUUUGUUUUUUUUCCUGUUUUUUGUACAUCCCCUUACUGGAGAGCUGGUGCUAGGUGAAGUGUGGACUGGUAGCCUCUCCCGAAACCUUCCCAGUGCCCCUUCACUCCUUGCCCAGGGCAAGAUGUAUAUUCUUUGCACAGAGAAUUUCAGUGUCAUUCUCCUCACAGAAUUAAGAAGAGAAAAAUAACAAGAAGUGUUGUCGUUUUACCCGAGCCCCUCAGAUCCUUAUUCAGAGUUCUGGUGUUACUUUAGUAUCUGUAGCUUUAUAUCUCUCUAUCAAUAUAUAUAUUGUGUACAGUGCUUUUCAUUUGAACCUUUUCUUAUGUUUUAAAAAAAAAAUCAUUUAACAGUGUAUUUUGUGUAUUGUCAUUGUAUGAUUUCGUUGUUGGACUACCAUUUUGAUGUUUCUUUUUUUGUUGGUUUGUUUAAGCGUUUCUAUGAUGGUUGUGUUCAAAGUUAGCUAAUAAUGGCUUUUUGCCAGGGUAGUUCAUCCCAUCCUAAAUCUUCCACAUAAACAGUGCUAGUCUUAAUAGUAUACUGGGCCAUUACUCCCCGGGAACAGAGAGGAUGAAAGGAUCUGAAGUUGUACGAGCAUUUACAUGUUUAAAUGAAAGAUGAUUUAUCGAGGAUGGGAGAGAAAGAGGGACAAAGGUAAAUAAAGAAAUGAGAUGACAUGCUGAUCGCCUGUGCAUGACAAUCCACCCGAGAAAAUAGUAAACUAUUUUUUGGUUAUUUCUU